AAGACACGGUCCAAAAAAUAUCUUGUGAAGAAAAUGGCGACAGCGUUUUCCAACACGAGUGGUGCAAGCUCCAACCUUUACCUCCAUCGCUUCCGUCAAAACCUUUCUCUUCCAUCUCAGUCGUGCUUUUCACCGUCUCCGUUGUCUCGGCUUCAUCCUCAAACCCUUUUCUUCGUCACCACUCCUGACCGCGUACGACGCGUCGCCGUCGCUCCUCUCGGCCCUCCAACGCCGCCUAGUCCCGACCCACCUCCGCCUAAAAACACGAAUGAGCCCACAAGUCUUGUGGGAGUAGCAUCGAUGGUUCAAGACCGUGUAAAGAUCUUUCUUGCAGUACUAGUUUGGAUCUCUCUCUUCUUCUGGGCUUCAGCAUUACAAGGAAGAGAUAGAGGAAAUGGUAAAGGGAAGAAGGGUUCACGAUUCAAGUAGUAGUAUUAGAUAGGUUAUUGUGGUGAUGAUGAUGAUGAUUGAUGAUAAAGACUCACUACACAUGUUUGUGUAUAUAUAAUAUUCUAUAAGUAAGAUUCUUUCUUGUAACAUUACAGUUUAUACUUUAUACAUACUAGAAACUAGAUUUUGCUCUU